GCAGUACAGCUCUGUACAGCUCACAGUCAACAUGGCCUACGUCAAGGUGCUGACCGCGUGUGCGCUGGUGGCCGCUGCUAGCGGAGCUCCCAGCGCACCCCUGGCCUACGGCCACGGUUACGCCCAUGGCUACGCCGCCUCUCCUGCCGCCUACGGCCUCGGCUACGCCGCCGUCGCACCGGCGCCCGUCGACGUGGUGGUCGGCCACGCUCCGGUCGCCAAGUCUGUCGAGGUGGUCGACUACGUGAACCCGCACCCCAAGUACGACUUCAGCUACGGCGUCUCGGACGGCUACACGGGCGACCACAAGUCGCAGGUGGAGAGCCGCGACGGUGACGUCGUGCGCGGACAGUACCGUCUCGUCGACCCCGACGGCACCGAGCGCGUCGUCACCUACACCGCCGACGACUACAACGGAUUCCAGGCCACCGUCGAGAAGCGCCCUCUCGGCUACACCGCCCCCGUGGCUGCCCACGGCUACGCCGCCGCCGUUCCGGCCGUGGCUGCCCACGGCUACGCCGCCGCCGUUCCGGCCGUGGCCGUGCACGCCGCUCCGGUGGCCGUCUCCCACCAGUCGGUCACCAAGUCGGAGGGUUACGAUGUGCCCGUCGUCAAGGAGACGGUGCACACGGCUCCCGUCGUGGCCAAGGCGGUGCCGGCCGUCCACGCUGUCCACUCCGUGCACGCCGCGCCGGCCGUGCACUCUGUGCACACCGUGCACGCCGCCCCUGCCGUGCACUCCAUCAGCCACGGCUAUUAACUAACUCCUGCACUUUCUGUAAAAACUGUACAACUAUCCAAAGAACUGUGUUGCCACUGUGAAAUGUACAGAGCUGUAUAUUCCGUAAUUUGAUGAUCUUCCCUUCUGAAUGUUGUGUCGUUUAAUACAUGCCAAGACUGUA